AUGGCCGAUAGCGUGGACUGCAUCUUUAUGAACCCGUCCUAUUCCUUGUCGGUAGGCAAUGUCGCCGUGGUAUUCUACCAGCAUGGCAUUAUAGAAGCAGACAUACGGAUUGCCAACGACCUGAUAUUCCCUAUGAAUGGUGAAUGCAUAGUUCCCUACGCCAUAUUGACUGCCUUGCUCUGCAUGGCAGAGGAGGACGAAUUCACACUCCUGCCUACUUUCUUUUUUGAACUUUCGCGCCCAAUCUCGAUUACCUUGGAAGCGUUUGCAGGCAAUCGGGCAGGAUGCGAACUUGAUGGUAUUUUAUACCACCGCGUUGAUACCAGUGACAUCCCUUGCGGAUUUGCCUCUGUCCCAGUGAAGGUCAACGACCAUGGAGAUGAAUAUAACACGAGAAUGGUUGCGGAUCUGGUUGGCAUCCAAGCCAAUUCUUCAGCGGACGAUCAAAGGCCGCGUCAGAAUACAAGUUUAAACUUCAUACAGCCAGUUUCUGGCUGGUGGAUGUACGAAGAGUGA